AUGCCGCCGACAGAGGAGCAGUGUGUUCCCAGAGCCCAGCAGGACCAGGAAGAAACCAUCCCCACAGCAGCAACAGGAGCCCAACGAGAAGAUCCAUCCAGCAAGUGUCCCCAAGGAGAACCAAGUUCAUGUGGCAUAAACCAAGUGCUCCAAAGGAGGGGGCCCGACAGUCUGGUGGUCCUUGGGGUUCGGGCAUGGGGAGGGAGGGGGGUGGGUUGUAGGAGGGGCGGGGUGGGGGGGGUGGGGUGGGUCGGUAGGUGGGGGGUUUGUUGUGUGGGUGGGGUGAGGGCGUUGAGGGGGGGGUGGGUCUCUUAUUCCGGUAGGGGAUUGGGUGGGGUGUUGGGUGUGUUGGGGUGGGUGUGUGGGGGUGUUGAGGCUGGGGGGGGUUGGUGGGGGUUGGGGUGGGGUUGGGUGUGGUGGUGUGGGUGGGGGUUGGGGUCCCUGGGGUGUGGGUGGAGUGGGGGGAGGGGGGUGGGGGGGGGGGUGCGUGGGGGGGGGGGUGGGGGGGGGGUGGGGGGUGGGGUGGGAGGGGUGGGGCAGGGGGGGGGGGUGGGUGUGGGGGGGGUGGGGCGGAGGGUGGGGGUGGUGGGUGUGGGGGCGGGGGGCAGUCCACAGAACACAGCAGCGUUCACGGAAGAAAGAACCCGAUAA